AUGCCUUCCCAAGUAGCAACAUGCCUGCGCGCUGCGCGGCAAAUUUCUGCGGGCACUGCGAAGCACCAGCGAUUCCUUGCACGCGCAUUCUCCAGCUCCGUCCGCCGCGCCGCCAUCAACAAGGUCCUCCCAUCCGCCGAGGAGGCCAUCAAGGACAUGAAGUCGAACUCCACUCUGCUGGCCGGAGGAUUUGGCCUCUCUGGUGUGCCUGAUACUCUGAUCAAUGCUGUCCGUGCGAAUCCGUCUAUCACCGGCUUAACAGCCGUCAGCAACAACGCUGGUGUCGACGGCUCCGGCUUGGGCCUCCUGCUCCAAUCCAAGCAGAUCAAGAAGAUGAUCGCCAGCUACGUCGGAGAGAACAAGACCUUCGAGCGCAUGUACCUCACCGGCGAGAUUGAGCUCGAGCUCACCCCCCAAGGAACUCUUGCCGAGCGAUGCCGAUCUGGCGGCGCUGGUAUCCCUGCGUUCUAUACUCCCGCCGCCUUCGGGACAGUCGUGCAGACCGGCGACCUGCCCCUACGGCACAACAGCGACGGUACUGUCCAGCUAUACAGCCAGCCGCGCGAUGUCAAGGUGUUUGACGGUAAGAGUUACGUGAUGGAGGAGGCCAUCAAGGGCGACUACGCCUUCGUCAAAGCGUGGAAGGCCGACAAGCUGGGUAACUGCCAGUUCCGCUACGCGGCAGCCAACUUCAACGGCGCCAUGGGCCGCAAUGCCAAGAUGACCAUCGUCGAGGCCGAGCACAUCGUGGAGCCUGGCGAGAUCGACCCGGCGGCUAUUCACUUGCCGGGUAUCUACGUCAAGCGCGUGAUCCAGAGCACAACCGAGAAGCAGAUCGAGAAGUACACCUUCGCCAAGGAGGAAGGGGCGGACACCUCUGCAUUGGGCCAGGGAGAGACUGCCAACAAGCGCGAGCGUAUUGUGCGCCGUGCGGCAAAGGAGUUCAAGAAUGGCAUGUACGCGAACCUGGGAAUCGGCAUGCCCAUGCUGGCUCCUAACUUCGUGGACUCCUCUGUCGAGGUGACUCUCCAGUCGGAGAACGGUAUCCUUGGACUGGGCCCUUACCCCAAGAAGGGUCAGGAGGACCCCGAUUUGAUCAACGCCGGAAAGGAGACUGUCACCCUGAAGCCCGGUGCUGCGGUCUUCGGAAGUGACGAGUCUUUCGGCAUGAUCCGCUCCGGUCGUAUCGAUCUGACCAUUCUUGGUGCCAUGCAGGUUAGCGCUAAGGGCGAUUUGGCCAACUGGAUGCUUCCUGGCAAGAUCAAGGGCUUUGGUGGUGCCAUGGACUUGGUGUCCAACCCAUCCGCGACCAAGGUUGUUGUGACGAUGGAGCACACCGAUAAGAAGGGCAACCCUAAGAUCGUCAAGCAGUGCGAGUUCCCCUUGACCGGCCCUGCUUGUGUCAGCCGAAUUAUCACUGACCUGUGUGUCUUUGAUGUCGACUUCACUGAUGGUCUGACUUUGAUCGAAAUCGCUGACGGUGUGACUGUGGAAGAGGUCAAGGCUAAGACCGAGGCUCCUUUCAAGGUCGCGGAUGAUCUGAAGCCUAUGCUGUGA